AUGUCUGCUCCGACUACCUCCAACACGAAGGGGGUUGUUCCCAAGAAGGAUGAUGAAUCUCCACCUCAUCAAAUCGGAUUAGUCCUCGACUCCGAGGUAAUCCGCAUCACGGCUGGUGAAGACAAGCCAACCUUCUAUGUCCACCGUGCGGUCUUGGAAAAAUCCGACUCGCCCAUCCUAAAGCAGGUCAUCUCAGGUAAAUUCAAAGAAGGCCGAGGCGAGAAUGGGUUGGAUUGGAGCUCUGAAGAUCCAGAGACCGUUCGUCGAUUUUUGACGUACCUCUACUCUGGUGACUACUACGUUCCCAAGCCUGAGCUUAAAAGGUCCGCCGAUGAGCUCCAGAACGGUGUUGAAUCGGGCUCCGGGACAGCUCAAGCUGGCAACGCUACCGAACAAGGAAAGAAAUCCAAGACUGAUCCGGAUGAACAAGGUGUUGAACAAACCGGAGCUAUUGUUCGUCCAUUGACACCUGUCCAAUACCAUCUUGAGCACAUUCGUCUUCCAACUUGGAGACAGAAUACCGAUGCCGGAGAUCUCGAGCAUACUCCACGCGCCGGGAAAGAGUUCGCAUUCGGCGAGGCCAUGCUUGCUCAUGCUCGCCUCUACGUCUUCGCCCAAUACCAUCUCCUUAAACCGCUUGAAGUUCUCACUCUCCAACGUUUGACUCAAGUGAUGGUUCUCGCUGAGACCCACUCCCACAACCUCGAGGCUGACAUUCUCCCCAUCGUCGAGUACACCUACCAUGCUGAUGAUUUGAAUCGCCCAGGAGACCUCUGCGAACUUGUCUCGCAAUUCGUAGCCAUCCACUUCCAUCGUUUCGAGGGAGAGGAAUUUUACGAAAUCUUGGAAGCUGGAGGUGGCUUUGUUCGAGACGUCUGCUCUAAACUGGGGCGUCAGUUGAUGGCUAAUGAGUUGAAGUCUAGUGGAGGGCGAGGAAGAGUCGCCCAAAAGGCCUAUGGGAAGGCGGGGAAGUUGAAUCGUGUUCACCCACCCGGACCAUGUUCGGUUGGACCCGUCCUCGACAGUAUCGACUUCCCCCUAAUGUUCGCCCACCUGCUCUUCCGGAGAGUAUUGCACAAUGGUACAGUAUCCUCGAUAAUCAACAUGGAUGGUGAAUAA